AUGCAGUUUUGUUCCCGGGAGUUGGAACAGGUUGCGCCGACAAACCACAACCAUUCGAGCCAUGGUGACCAUGCACACGGCCAGCACAUCCACGGCCCGCUAGAUCGAGACAAGGCCCUGGGGAUUGGCAGCUUAAGCUUCGAGCCGAUCUUCAAUGAGCGGUACAACAAAGAUCGGGUGGCCCAAGAGACGAAAGGGUUCCUUUUCUUGCAGCGAACGCUGCCGAUCGUGAUCGGACUGCUGACGGCUGGGGCAGCCUGGGUCGUUGGUCUGGUAAGCGAAUUUCUUGGAUCGCACCGGACCGACAUAGUGAACAGCACCAUCGUCGAACACGGAUGGUUCUGGGCAUGGUGUGCAGAAUUCUCCCUCAUGACGCUCCUGGCUUUGGUCGGCGGCUUCUUCGUGUACUGCGGCGACAUCUCGGGAACAAAGACAGCCGGGUCCUCGGGCAUUCCACAGCUCAUUGGCCUGCUGAACGGCUGUGACUUGAAGGGCGAGUUCUCCUCCAGGCACCUUCUGGUAAAGUGGUUCGGCGUGUGUUGUGCCGUGGCCUCCGGCUUGGCCGUGGGGCCAGAAGGGCCGAUGAUUUUCAUCGGUGCCAGUAUCGGGUACCUAUGCUCCAGGUUGCCGCAGCAUCCCACCGUUUGGCGUCUGCUGGGCACGCCACCAGCAACAGUGGGUGACGAUGUGUUUACGCGCGACUACACAUCGAUUGGUGCAGCUUGUGGCAUUGCCGCGGCAUUUCGCGCUCCGAUCGCAGGAACUCUCUUCAUCGUUGAGGAGGCAGCUUCACACUUCAAGAAGGAGCAGAUGGCCAACAUCUUCUUCGGAGGCUUGGCAGCUCUGGAGGUCAUUCUCUUAACUGGCGGCGCUGGCGCCGUUCUGGAAUACAAGGUCCAAGUUGGCCCUGGCUGCAGCGACACACCUUCAUGGAGCCUCCUCUUCUGCGUGGUCAUCGGGCUUCUUUGCGGCGCCAUGGGUGCCGCGUUCAACGCCUUGAACAUCCAGGCCAUGAUGUGGCGAGCGCGUUACUGCAGCGCCGCGAGGCCGUUGCGGCGCGCCUUGGAGAUCCUCGUCCUCUGCCUCCUGAGUUCCACAGCGUGGCUGGGCAUUGCCACUUUGUUCAGCGAGAGGGAAGCUUCCUCCUCAACCCUGUUCCCACAGAGCAACGGCUGCAUCAAAGAUGGCUAUAGAAAUCAGAUCAUCACCGGCUCCGUGAUCGAAAAAGACGAAAAGGGGGUGCAUGUCCAGCGUUAUUUUCCUGCGCCGUGCUUGUAUGGCGUGCAGUACGGCAAAGUAUGCAAUGACGUGCACGCAAUGGCUGAUAGCAACGCCUUUGCCAAGAGUUGCGUCGCGGCUGUGAACACUUCAGGCAUGCAGAAACGGACAGACUUUGAGGACUAUUGCUGCAGCUUCAGCAGCGUUGAUGCCUUGAAAGCUGGGAACUUUGCCGUUCCGGGCAACUCUUCCUGUCCGAUAGAUCUCGGAGAGUUUGCGCCCAGUCUGAAGCGCAAGUCCUCCGGCCUCGCUGAGUCAGAGUCUGACGACACGAUAUCGAGCUACAACUCUGUUGGCUUGCUGAGCCUGGUGCCCUUUAAGAUCGCAUGCCAGAACCUCUUCGCCCGCGGGAUGCCGUACUUGGUUCCGGUUAAUGCUAUGGCGGCCUUCUUCGUGCUCUUCUUCAUCCUGGCUGCAAUCACCGCAGGGUCCGCUAUUCCAUCAGGGAUCCUGAUGCCGCAAAUGGUGAUUGGAGGUUUGAUGGGGCGAAUCUUCGCCGUGGUCCUGAUCAAUGUGCAAUCGGCGACGCUGCCGGGAUCAGGAACGUCGUGGGCACAGCAGUACACCGUUCUGUUCGGACCUGGAGGUGUGUUCCCAAACGGGUCGUCUCUGACUUUGGAGCCGAACAACUUGCUGCUGGAUCCAGGGAUUGCAGCUUUGAUGGGGGCUGCUGCAUUCCUCGGAGGAAGUGGGCGAGUCACCCUCUUCACCACCGUCAUGAUGGUGGAAAUUACUGGAGACCCAGUGAUGAUCUUUCCUGUCGGUUUCGCGACGGUCUUCGCAGUGCUCGUGGGGAAUCUGAUCAAUCAUGGCCUGUACCACUCCUUGAUUGAUGUCCAGUCUACCCCAUAUCUGCCCGAUACGUGGCAAGCAGAUCAGCUGCCACCCGGAAUUGUUGUUCGUGACAUGAUGCCGAAGAACAAGCCGAUCGAAAUCAAGCUGGAUGGUGGUCGGCUGGGCAUCAAAGAUGCCCUCCAAGGGAACAGUUUUACUGGCUUCCCCGUCGUGGAUGCCAGACGGGUGGUCGUGGGAAUGGUCGACCGCAAGGAUCUGGAGGAGCUGCUGGACCAAGAUAAUGAAAUCACAGCUGACGAUUUGAAGCGUCGCUCGAAUCUGUAUCCUGUCACUGUGCGGGAGAGUUUCCCGCUCCAGAGUGCCUACCAACUCUUCAAGAGCAUGGACAUGAAAAACUUGGUUGUCGUAGAUGACAACCAUGCGCCGCUUGCGGUUAUGACUCGAUUUGCCUUCCUUGCUUGGCGAGUGGCCGACAGGAUGGGGGAUCGGAUCCACGAGCUCCACGAGAGGGAACUGCAGAGGCGACGUGCUCGCCGAAGUGGCCUGGCGUGA